CUUAAUAAUUUCUCUCCCCCUUCCUCCCUUUACUCUACUUGUCCUUUCUGUACCAAACCAAAUCCCCGCUCUACGAAUUUUCAACGUUUUUUCUGUUUGAACUUUGAAGUCAUUAGAGUGCCACUGCAAAAACUGGGUAGGGAAAGAAACUUUGAAAAAAAAAGAGGGGAAAAAAAUGCUUGAGCUUGGGAGACAUUGCAGCAGUAGUAAUGGUAGUAUAAACACUACUAACAAUAGUAUGGUGAGAGAACUUCAGCAACUGUGGGCCGACAUCGGCGAGAGCGAUGCAGAGAAAGAGCGAAUGUUGGUGGAAUUGGAAAGGGACUGUUUAAAAGUUUACCAAAGAAAGGUUGAUGAUUCGGCAAACACGAAAGCCCACCUUCUCCAAUCCAUUGCAUCCAAAGAAGCCGAGCUUGCAACGCUAAUGGCUGCUCUUGGUGAACAUAAAAUUACCUCACCGUUGAAGAAGAAGGCAAUGCCGUUGAAGGAGCAACUCGCAUCAAUUACACCAUUAGUUGAGGAUCUAAAACUUGAAAAAGAAGAAAGGCUGAAGCAGUUUACAGACGUAACGACCCAAAUUGAGAAGAUAACUGCUGAGAUUUCAGGGUAUGGGGAAGUUAUCAAUGCAAUGAGUUCCUUAAAUCUGGAAGAAAAUGACUUGUCACUGAGAAAGUUCACAGAGUACCAAACUCGUCUCCGGGCCCUGCAAAAUGAGAAGUCUGAGCGUGUCCGAAGAAUUCUAGAGUAUGUAAAUGAGGUUCAUUCCUUGUGUGCUGUUCUUGGGGUGGACUUUGGCAAAACUGUCAGUGAUGUCCAUCCAAGUUUGCGUGAAACCGCCAGACUUGGACAGUCUAUGAAUAUCAGUGAUAGCACAUUGCAGGGCUUAGAUCAGGCCAUCCUCGAGCUAAGAACAGAAAGAAAACUUCGUUUCCAGAAGCUCAAAGAUGUUGUUGCAUCACUAUUUGAACUCUGGGACUUGAUGGGUUCGUCGAAAGAAGAGAAGUAUAACUUUUCAAGGGUCACUUUCAUCAUGGGCUUUCCUGAAGCAGAGAUUUUGGAGCCAGGUGCCCUUUCGUUGGAGAUCAUUCAACAGGCAUCAUCAGAAGUUGAGAGGCUGACGAAAUUAAAAGCAAGCAGAAUGAAGGAAUUGGUUAUGAAGAGGAGGUCAGAACUGGAAGACAUAUGCUAUAAAACCCAUAUUGACCCUGAUCCCACUGCUGCUGAUAAGUCGUCUGCAAUGAUCGACUCUGGUCUGGUUGAUCCUUGUGUGCUAUUAACAAACAUUGAAGCACAAAUAAGUAUGGCGAAAGAUGAAUCUCUGAGCAGAAGAGAGAUUAUAAAUAGGAUUGAGCGAUGGCUUUCUGCUUGUGAGGAGGAAACCUGGCUUGAAGAUUUCAACCUAAAUAAAAAUCAUUAUGGUGGUGGAAGAGGUGCUCACAUAAACCUAAAACGAGCCGAACGUGCUCGGGUUCUAGUAAGUAAGAUUCCAGGCACGGUUGGUGUCAAUAUUGGAGGAAUACAAAGUGACCCGACAACUCAAAGAGGAGGAAAAGAGGCGCGCCCGGCUAUCGAUCAUAUCAUGGGAGACAUGGAAGAAGGAGCAAAUGUUCAGAGACCACCGUUACUGCGUGGGCACAACUACAAUAUCUGGAAAGGAAGGAUGAGGGCCUUUCUCAAAUCCCUUGGUGGUGGAGUCUGGAGAAGCGUAGAAACUGGGUGGACUGAACCGCGCAAAUACUCUGAUGAUCUUACGACGUCAAGAAUUAAACCAUUUGAAGAAUACAGCAGAGCUGAAUACAAGCUCAUCUCAAACUGUGACAAUGCCAAGGAAGCUUGGGAUAUUCUUGAAGUCACGCAUGAGGGAGAUGAGGAAGUGAAGACAGCAAAAUAUCAGAUCUUGAUGACUCAAUAUGAAAAUCUGCGCAUGGACGAGAAGGAAAAGAUCACUGAAUUUCAUGGGAGAGUUAGAGAUAUUGCAAACCAGGCUGCACGACUAAAUGAACCUAUUCCAGAAAACAAGCUGGUUCUCAAGGUGCUGAGGUCACUUCCAAAAGAAUAUGAGAUGGACGUCAAGGCCAUUCGACGUUCCCACAACAUCAAAAACAUGACGCUUGACGCACUUAUGGGAAUACUGGAAUCAAUUGAACUGGACAUGGCAGAAGACAGUAAGCAAAGGAAACCUGAUAUGCAGAUAGCAUUUCCCAGCACUAAGGAGGAAGAUGACGGAGAACUUGAUUGGUCACUUGAUGAAGAGUUCCAAGAGCAACUAUCACUGUUCACCCGGCAAUUCAAGAAGCAGUGGAUUCAGAAGAAGUCAAAUCAAAGAUUUGAAGGCAGCUCUAAGGGGCUUCCAUCAAGAGAUGCUAAGUACAGAGAAGCCAAAAACACAAAAAAUCCUAACUAUGCAAAGAAGAAGGGGCCACAGUGUUUUGAGUGUGGUGGAUAUGGUCAUAUCCAGUCUGAGUGUGCAAACAAUCUAAAGAAGAAGAGACAAGCUUUCAAGGAAACAUGGAGUGAUGAUGAAACUGAAGAUCAGAGUGAUUAUGAAGAAUCUAACUGUGCAUUCAUUGCAAGUGCUGACCUAGAUGACGAAGUGAGUGUUGAAGAACAACUUGAGGACUUGCAAGAAAAAUGGUUAGAACUCCUGAUGGUAAAUAAAAGGAAUGUCACAGACAAAAACAGACUGAUUUCAGAAGUUGAUGCCUUGAAGAAGAGAAUUGAAGAGCUCACCAGAAAAAUUGAAGAACUUGAAGGAGAAAAAUCCAACCUGUCAUUUGAGAUAAACAAACUAAAGUCCUAUCAAAAAUGGAUCAAGGUUGCUGGAGCAGAGGUACUGGAUCAUCACUCGAUCAUGGCUAAACCUCCAGGAGACAUGGCAUGUAUCGGAUACACAGAUAAAGGGAAGAUGCCACAAUCACUUGAAGUCAAGAAACUCUGGGCAAAGAACAAAUGGACGCGUCUACUAGUUGCAGAAGGAUCACAACAAACCAGUGUUGAUCUUGAACCAGAGGUGGCAGAAGAAGACGAAGAGAAUCUCCCACAACCAAAUCCAGGAGAAUCAAACAUGGAGCAACCAGAUUCAAGAUCAGUAGACGAUGAAGUCAGAAAUGUCAUAGAAGAUGAUGUGAUUCUAAACCCUAUAGCCACAUUCCCAAAAAUAUUUCUUCUAGAAUUUACAGGUACUCCACAAAAAGUGGACAUGCAAAGCAAGAAGAAGGAAGAUCUGCAAUCAGAAAAGGGAAUGCCAGAGAUCGUGAACGAGGAACCUUUGAUAGCAUGUUCUGAUGUGCCAUUUGAAGGAGUAAAAUUCAAAACCCCAGCAUCCAAGAAACCAAAGGCGAAACAAACUGGAUCCAGAUGGUCGCUGCGUCAAAAGGCGAAGGAGAAUCAAGAAUCAGAAGGGUUUGAAGAAAUUCAAACAAAAGAAGUGCCAAAGAAGGAUCUUAAGCGCAAGGAGAAAGCAACGGAUGACCAGGAGGAGAGCUCAAAGAAGCAGAAAACAUCAUCUCCUUCAGCAAAACUGACAACCAGAAGUCAGAUCAACCAGAGGAAAGAUACAAAAGCAGGAAAGUCACCUAAACCAGGGAAGUUUUCUAAACAUCUAUUUGUUUCAUCAAGUGCUAGUUCAUACAUGUCUGAAAUUGUCAAGAAAACCAUUCUGCCACAAAGAAGUAUUGAUGUUGAGGAUUUUGAAGCAAAAACAAACUUAAUCCCUGUGCUGAAAAAGUGUAAUUUGCUUAAAUCAAUCACUCUGCCUGGUUCUUAUGUGAGAAAAGUCAUACAAGAGUUUUACUGCAAUUUGUCUGAGGGUUGCAACAUUCACACUGAUCCUUCAUACCACAAAGUGGUUGCUGCAUAUCACUGGCUCCCAACCACCCAUAUGAACAGAGUUCCACUCUGCAUAGCCACACUCAUUUACAAAAUCAAGCAUGAGAUACCUGUGAAUCUUGGGAAAAUCAUCUUUGACCAGAUCAUGAGCUUUGCAUCUGAGAGGGCCAAACAGAACUCUAAUGGGCUUCCUUAUCCUCUUCUUAUUUAUCAAUUGCUUAAAUCUCAGAAACUUGUAGUUGCAGAUGAAGAAGAACCUGCUCUUCCUCUUCUCCAAGUAGAUUUAAGGCACUUUGAACGAAGACACUAUAAUGACAUGGCAGCAAGGGAGGAACAGAAGUCAGCCCCAGCAGUUCUUCAGUCAGAUUUUUCCAAAACAGCUUUCAUCAAAGGAGAAAUUCAGCUGCUGCAAGAGAAGAUUGAAGAAUACAAAAAGCUGAUCAAAGAAGCUGAAAUAAAAAAGAAAAAAUGGGCCAUUAUUUUGUCAUCUAUGGACACCACUACAAAUGAAGCUGCUAAAUCUCAGGGGGAGAAGUCCAAACAAGAUGGAUCAGAUGAUGCUACAACACAUGGGGAGCAAAGUGAAGAUGAUGAAGCCACUGUGGAAGAAGGGGGAAGCUCAGAUACAGAGAAUGAAAACCUAGAAAACGAGGAGUCAGAUUUUGAGGCUGAACUUCACAACAAGAAGAUCAGUCAUGGAUCUUCUCUGAAGGCUUGCUCAGCUUGUGUAUCGUGUGAGGCUGAGCAAAGGUCAAGAACACAUCCUUAUGNCUUAUGGCAGAGCAACGAGAAGGUGUAAUAGGCCUGGUCUGACACAAACAGAGUUUGGUGUCUGAUCACGUAAGUAGACGAAUCUGUUCAAUAGAAGGGUCUGUUGAUUUUGAUUGUGUAAUUCUUACGAUGAUCUAGUGGAAAGGCUAUUACACGGAUGUGGGCCUCGCAGACGUAGGAGAGUUGGCUCCGAACUGCGCAAACAAAUUUCUGUGUCUUUG